AAAGAAUCUAUGACGGUUAAAAAUGAGUACAUAUACGACGAUAAUUUCAGUGGCGUCACGUUUGGUACUCGAGAUUUCACCCUGGACGGAAUGACACAUAUGGAAUUCACAGUACGCUAUAUCACUAAACGGGUGCAAAUGAACACAAAAAAUUUGAAUAUAACGGUUAUACGUCUCUACAUGGACACGAAAGAAAUCCCUAUAUACGAGAUCUCUAACAACUUCCCUCACCUUCUGGACGUCUACUCGUCACGUGAUCUUCUGCCAAACCACAAUUACACUCUCGCUUUGGAAUUUCACACAGACAUAAAUAAUCCAAAGUAUGCCGGGAUAUUCACUGCACCUUAUAAGCAUGGACCAGAGAAUAGACCGCCACACAUCUGCAACCUCAGGAGGCACGAAGUCUGUUCCCUUGCAUCGACAGUCCAGAAGCGAAGGCAAUGUUUCAAGCAGUCAUAGUCCAUCCAGUGGGAACAUACGCCUUGUUCAAUAUGAAGGAAGCAAAUAUAACGACUGAGGGAGGCUGGACAACGACAACUUUUCUACGAUCUCCGAAAAUGUCCACAUAUCUGUUCGCAAUUGUGGUAGGUACAAUGCCUUAUCAAGAGACUUACACGGAGAGAGGUGUAAGGAUCCGAAUCUAUGCAGAGGCUGAGAAGCUGAGAGACACUACUUUUGCGCUCGCCCUUGUGCCGAGACUACUAGCGUUUUUUGAAGAUUAUUUCCAGUUGCCGUAUCCGCUGGAGAAAUUGGAUAUAUAUGGAGUAACUAUGAUAAAAGUGGCUGCGAUGGAGAAUUGGGGCCUCAUCACCGUACGCCAAAAACUCCUGUUAAAUAAUAGCACCAUUUCUACAUUGACGGAAGCUCGAGUCACCUCUAUUGUGCUUGCGCACGAAAUAGCGCAUCAGUGGUUUGGGAAUUUGGUGACGAUGAGGUGGUGGGAUGAUCUUUGGCUCAAUGAAGGAUUCGCUUCAAUGAUUGGUUUGAAGGCGAACGACCUUGUGGAUAAUAUGCCGCUCAGUCAGGAUGAGCUGUCCGUAGACAUCGCUCGAGCAAUGCGCAACGAUCAGAUGCCGAACAGCCUGCCCGUGUCGAGACGUGAUGAAGCAUUUGACCCGGAAACGGCAUUCUCAUCGAAUACCUACAAAAAGGCUACUCUGAUCAUAUUGAUGGUGGAGCGUAUUGUCGGUGAAGUCACAUUUCGCGACGGUUUGCGACUGUUUCUUAAAAAGUUUAUGCAUGAAAACGUCGACCACAAGGAUCUCCUGGCUGUAUUAUCACGAGUUUAUGAGGGCUCAACGAUUGGCGGGCGCUUGAUAGGGCAAAACUUCACGCUGUCCGAAGUUAUCGAAACUUGGAUCUACCAGGAAGGUUUUCCACUUUUAUACGUUCGCAAACGCGAAGAUGGAAUGGUUCGAGUCACCCAGGAAAUUUACAGACACGUUCCUGGCCAUAAACGCAGUAAUGUGCAAUGGAAGAUACCACUCUUUUUGCGAGAUCCGAUAACGUUGAAGCCAGUGGUGCGGUGGUUGGCUGAAAAUGGCGCAGCGAUACUCGACCUUGGCAGGGACAUGGUGUUGGAUCGUGAAGGCAGAAGUUUUGUUCGAAUAAGAUAUGAUUCCGAAAUCUACCUUCAAAUCACUGCUCGCCUCCAUCAAGAUGCGAACUGUAUCCCAGUAGCAGCGAGAACCCGCCUCAUGGACGCUUCUUUCACCUUGGCAGAAGUUGGGAAUUUAUCAUACGCACACGCUUUGAAUAUAUCUUUGUACUUGAGAAAUGAGGACCGCCUAUCCGCCUUUGAAGAUGCUCCAUGCUCACUUGGAUUUCCUAUUUUCGCGGCUUACUGCACAUCCGAAAUUCCCACUUUUUCAAAAAUUUGUCAUAACAAUUCUGGAACCCCUCUUUGA